AUGUCAUUUGAAAAUCAGUUUAUUUUACAAACUAGAAGUUCCAUUUAUAUACUAUAUUUCAAACUUUUACCUUUAACUGUACAGAAAAUGCCUCUCAAUACUAAAUUACUUGUACCAAUGGCUUUAGGCUUCUCCCUAGUCACAGUAUCGGCUCUUGUAGUAUACUAUGUGUUUAAAAAAGAAGAAGAAGAUGAUAAACCAGUUAGAUCCACUAAGGUGAAUAUGAUAGAGGUACAAGUACCAAAAAGUAUAGUGGCUGCUUUAAUUGGUCGUAAUGGAUCAAAUAUAAAGCAAAUAGAAGAAAAGUCAGGGGCAAUGAUUCACUUUAAGAAGUUCAGCGAAAAGGAUUACGAUGUUUGUAUCAUACGAGGUCGAUCUGGUGCGACGCAAAUUGCCGAGACUCUGGUACACGAUUUUAUCAAGCAGCAACCAUUGAUCGUGGAGAGUAACAUGAGUGUUCCUGGCUGGGCAGUUGGUAGGAUAAUAGGGAUGGGUGGUGAGUCAAUCAACGAUAUAAGCCAUUGCAGCGGGGCUCGAGUGAAGAUAGAAGGGCAACGUGGGGAUAUGUCGCCGACAAGACAAAUCACCUUCCGAGGAACUGAAGAACAGAUUAAUAAAGCCAAGAAACUUAUCGAGGAAUGUGUGGAACAAGAGCGUUGCAGACGUGAAGUGGAACAGUCCAAGCCGCCGCGCGUGUCCACGCCGCCGGGGUUCAGUCACUCGCCCACUCAGGACUCGUCAGGUGACGUCAAGCUUGUGUACACGCGUGAUACAACAACAUCCACAAUUGAGGUUUACGUGUCAGCGGUAUCGUCUCCUUCACGAUUCUGGGUACAAUUUGUGGGGCCUCAAGUUGUUCAAUUAGACGAACUGGUCGCUCACAUGACAGAAUACUAUGGGAACAAAGAGAAUAAAGCUAACCAUGCUCUGGAAAAAGUGUCCGUGGGUCAAGUGGUGGCGGCCGUGUUCCGUCACGACGGCCGCUGGUACCGGGCGCGGGUGGACGAUUUGCGCCCUAACGAGUUUGAUGCUACGCAACAGGUAGCUGAUGUAUUCUACUUGGACUACGGGGAUAGUGAGUACGUCGCGACACAUGACAUAUGCGAGCUGAGAGCUGAUUUACUACGACUCAGAUUCCAGGCGAUGGAAUGCUUCCUCGCAGGAGUGAAGCCUUCGGCCAAGGAGGAGGUUAAACAACAGUCCGGUGCCCGCAAAUGGCAUCCUCAAGCUAUAGAACGAUUUGAAGAGCUUACACAGGUGGCGCGUUGGAAGCCGCUCCUAUCACGAACGUGUACGUACAAGAAGAGUUCGCUAGUAAGCGAUAGGGAGAAGGAGAUUCCUGGUAUCAAGCUGUAUGACGUCACUGAUGAAGGUUCAGUAGACGUAGGCGAAGCAUUAAUAGCAGAGGGUUGGGCUGAAGCAAGCACAUCGCCACGGUCUUCUCCACCGCGCUUCAACACCCCGCACACACCCUUCGGGGAUUUGAGUAAUUCUAGGGUGUUAGGUAUGCUGGACCCGAACGCGCGCGCGUCGUCGAUGCCUAAAGACCACAAAGACGAUAGAACUGUACUUAAACCAACCACUGAUAUAUUGAAAGAUAAUAUAACUUCACGUUCUCUCGCCUCCGGUCUUGAGUCGACGGACAAAAUAAAGUCCGUAUCAAACUUCGAUUUAGCGUAUUCGGAUAAAAACCAAAGCAACCCCAAAAAGCUCUUGGAAGACAAUAAGGUCGCGAGUUCGACUCAUUUCAAGGAUUGUCCUACAGUGCUUAUACUAAGCUUAUAUAAGAAGAUAGUACAAAAUGUGAAUAGUGUAAAAACAGAACUAUCUCAAAGUGUAGUG